CUGACAAGCAGCGACACAAUCUGGACUAAUCGUGCGGCAUAAACGUUUCAUUUUUGCAGGAAACUUGUUCAAACUUUGUUUUUAUUCAUGUGUUGGACUAUAGGCACCCUUUAAGUUAACAUUAAUGUAUUGUUUUGUGCUGUCCCCUUUCUGUUGAAGCUUAUUUAUUGUUUGAAAUGUACGCAGGCUUGUCAUGACAUUUAUGCAGUGCUCAUAGCUCAUCCAGUUCAAUCCUCAUAUUCUCAUCAACCCCUCAUUAUGACUAUGAGCGCGAUGUCAGACACUUUAGUCUCCUCUGAUUCUUCCAAAUCGGCUUUUUUGGAGUUCGGUGGCCACGGCUACCCGGGACACCAGCAGCCCUCCCCCGGAUUAUCGCACGGCCAUUACCCGUUCCACAGUCUGCACGCAGUCGGACCCACGCAACACGACGGCCCGUUCCAGUCUUCUGCGACCUCCUACGGCCGCCCGCUCGGGUAUCCUCCGUACCACAGCCCGGUCAGCGCGCACCAAGCCGGGCCUUACCUGCCGUACCAGCACGGCGGGCACAGCAGCGCUUUGGGGCACACCAGGCUGGAAGACAGCGAGCUUGAGAAGCCCACAACGGUAUUAGAAAACGGAGAGCUGCGGCUCAACGGGAAAGGGAAGAAGAUCCGAAAGCCUCGCACUAUUUACUCCAGUCUGCAGCUCCAGGCCCUCAACCAGCGCUUCCAGCAAACCCAGUACCUGGCUCUGCCCGAGAGGGCCGACUUGGCCGCCAAACUGGGCUUGACGCAGACACAGGUAAAAAUCUGGUUCCAAAACAAACGAUCAAAAUACAAGAAGAUAAUGAAGAACGGGCCCUGCGGACCGGAUGGAGAGCCUCUUCCUCCCCCAGUAUCGACCCCCACCCCUCAGUGCUCCCUGUGGGACAUGAGCAUAGCUGCCAAAGGCACACCAGUGCACCCUGCUGGAUACAUGAACAACUUCAGCCACUGGUACCCGGGACACCAGCAGGACAGCAUACCGAGGACUCAAAUGAUGUGACCCGAGGCUUUUUCUGUGGCAAAAACUCAUUGAGUUUAGCGAAUCUGACAUCGUUUACACUGGAAGCCAAAGAUGACAGAAGAGGGCGUUAAACUUUUGGUCAAGGGGCUACAAAUACACGGAUAUGCAGAUGGGUAUUGGACUUAAACACUGUGGAGAAUUUACUUGGUUUCUUCCACUUUUAGGCUACAAAUCAGCAGCACCGUGGCACUAUAAAUCAACCCAUUGUGAUUUACGGUUGCACUCAAAAUGAUUCAAACAUCAACGUAACCUCUAUUUAUUUGCAAAGUAAACUGGCUGUAACAGAGCAACCAGUUUCACAAGCAGGCCCGCAGCUUGUUUUCUAUUGGCUGUUUGACAAGAAAAAGACAGCAAAAUAUUAAAAAAUGUGAAAAAAAAAAGAAAAUCCAUAAUACAUCCUGUAAUAUAUUCAGGUCUUCAGAAUAAAAGAACUACGUAAGUAAUAGAACGUGUGGAAGAUCAGAAUUUCCUUCAUUGUUGGGGAACAUUUUUCCCUUAUUUUAUCAUGCAAAUGUUGACAGGCGUCACUAUGUGGACAGAAGUUUGGACACCCCUGCACUGAAGGAUACUGACGUCAUAAAACCUUGCAAAGCAUUAACAGUCAAAGUUUAGAUCAGUUUGUGAAGGUUCUGGAAAUAAUGGGCACCGACCUUUAACCCCCGCAGAUCUGUGUCAAAACAGUGUUUUUUUUGUGCAGGAUAUUUGCACUGUUUUCAGGGAUUAUGUGUGCACAGCAUGCGCAAGAAGUAGCUCAUCGACAACGCCAGCACUGAAGCAUCUGCGAUUCCAGACAAUGUUUUUCUCUGUGGGAUUUAGCGGCAUAAUUACAUGUGGAAAAGGGCUUCUAUGAAGGUUUUCUUUUGUUUCAAAUUCUGGUUUUGGUGAAGUUUAAAGAACAGAAAAAAAUCAGAUUAAAGAGCCAAAGGAAAGAAAAUAUAGAGUCAAUGAAAUUGUUACUAUUUUGAGUGUUUUUAAUCGUACUGAAUUACAAAGCCUUAUAACAGAUGGGGAUUGGGCACUGAAAUGGCAACAGCUACUCCUUUCAAUGAGUCCAAAUACGUUCAAGGCCUAUAUUAGUCCUUGGUCGAAAAUGUGAUGGAGAAUUAAGAAUAUGCGUUUUCAUUGCUUGGGAUUGCAGGCGAUGUUGUCAUUGUUCUGAUAUUUAGGCAAACUGGUGAAAAUCAAAGGGCGGAUGGACACUUUUAACAUGUUGGGGUUUAAAGAAUAAAUAAUAAAGUUAUUUUUGG